CGAUUACCUUAAAUAUGAUAACAAAAGCUAUAAAGAUCUGUAAUCUUUCAAAACCAUUACGUCCAUUUUUUUCCUCUAAUACAAGAUGGAAUAUAUGGUCACAGAUCGAACAUCAAAAAAUAAUCUAUAGACAAACAAUUGUACGGAAUAUGGCAACGUUUGACAGGUCUAAGCCGCAUAUAAAUAUCGGAACUAUUGGCCAUGUUGAUCAUGGAAAAACAACACUUACAGCAGCUAUUACUAAGUGCCUUUCGACAAUAAAUCAAACAUCUUUUAAAGACUAUUCAGAAAUCGACAAAGCACCAGAAGAAAAGGCUCGGGGAAUAACAAUAUCAACAUCACACAUUGAAUACGAAACAAAAAAGCGCCAUUUUUCCCAUGUUGACUGUCCAGGUCAUGCAGACUAUAUUAAAAACAUGAUUACUGGUGCUGCUCAGAUGGAUGGAGCGAUUAUUGUUGUAUCUGCUACAGAUGGUUCUAUGCCACAAACUAAAGAACAUCUUCUUCUUGCUCACCAAGUUGGGGUUAAACAUAUUAUUGUUUUUAUCAACAAAGUAGAUGCAGUUCAUGAUAAAGAAAUGCUUGAGCUAGUGGAAAUGGAAAUCCGAGAACUUCUUUCGACAUAUGGAUUUGAUGGAGAAAAAACCCCAAUUAUUGUGGGAUCUGCUUUAUGUGCUUUAGAAGGAAAAAAAAAAGAGAUUGGAGAAGAUUCCAUAUGGAAACUUAUAGAUGCAAUCGAUAAUCAUAUACCUGUGCCUCAGAGAGAUAUUCAAAAACCAUAUCUUAUGCCAAUAGAAGAUAUUUUUUCAAUUUCUGGAAGAGGAACGGUUGUAACUGGACGCGUAGAGCGUGGAACAUUAAAAAAAGGAGAAGAGGUGGAGCUGAUUGGGUUCGGGACACCAAUAAAAACAAUAGUUACAGGAAUCGAAGCUUUCAACAAAGAAUUAGACCAAUCUAUAGCUGGCGAUAAUUGCGGUUUACUUCUCCGUGGCAUUAAAAGGGAACAGGUUCGUAGGGGAAUGGUAGUUGCCCGUACUGGAACCGUUAAAUCCUAUAAAAAGUUUCUUGCAUCCUUCUACAUUCUUACAGAAAAAGAAGGAGGAAGAAAAACAGGCUUUGUAAAUUAUUAUCGUCCCCAAAUGUUCUGUCGUACUUCCGAUGUUACAAUUAUACUCUCACAUCCUAAAGAAACUAAAGAUGCAGACUCUAAAGUAGUCAUGCCUGGCGAUAAUGUAGAGCUGGUUUGCGAAUUAAUCCAUGAUAUUGCUCUAGAAGAUGGCAUGAGGUUUACUAUUCGAGAAGGGGGAAAAACGGUAGGAACUGCUAUUAUCACAAAAAUUUUGGAAUGAACAUUACAUUUUUUCUGGUUAUAUAACUGAAUUAAAAACA